AUUAGUAGCUGAGCCGACAGAUUUAAAGGCUCCCGGUCGGGGAGCCUUGAUGGUGCUCCAUUUUUCCUUUUGUUUUUUGGGAAGAAAUACAUCCACACCCGAGAGGGGGGAAGAAGAAAGAAAGAGAAAGUCACACAAGGAGAAAAAAAGAAAAGAAAAGGGAAGUUCUCGGUUCAUUAUAAGACACUUGGAGUCUGGAUUGCACCAAAUUGGGAAGCGACGGACCAUUUAAUUCAAGCAACUUUCACAACUUGGUCAAUACAUCCACUCCCGAGAGAGAGAGGGAGGGAAGAGGGAGAGAGAGAGAGGGAGGGAAGAGGGAGAGAGAGAGAGGGAGAGAGAAAGACAAGCAAAGAAAAAAGAAAAGAGAAGAGAAGUUCUCAGUUUGUUUUCAAACACCUGGAAUCUGGAUUGCACCAAAUUGGGAAGCGACGGACCAUUUAAUUCAAGCAACUUUCACAACUUGGUCAAUACAUUAUACAUCCACUCCCGAGAGAGAGAGGGAGGGAGGAGAGAGAGAGAGGGAGGGAGGGAGGAGGGAGAGAGAGAGAGGGAGAGAGAGAAAGGCAAGCAAAGAAAAAAGAAAAGAGAAGAGAAGUUUUCAGUUUAUUUUCAAACACCUGGAGUCUGGAUUGCACCAAAUUGGGAAGCGACGGACCAUUUAAUUCAAGCAACUUUCAAACAACUUGGUCCGCAAUGUAACCGGCUGCAUUGAAAUCCCUGAACUGUCAAUAUUGGAAGCGACAAAGGGCUCGAUCGGGGCUGCCGAUCCCCUUUCCCGAAGGCUGGGCGAGGAGAAACUGAGCGCGCAAAAAGAACAGCCGCGAACCGGGAGUCCAACCGCAGUCGCAUCCCCAACGCGACCAGGGAUCCUUCCCCCCCGCUCACCCUCCCCACCUCCCCACGCCUGAAGUUGCGAGGCGACCCGGGCACUCCCGCCUGAAGCCUCCCCGAGGCCCCUCCCCUCCCCUCCCCUCCGCCUAGCCGGGACUGCUGGAACGUUGGCGUCUCCAGGGUGACGCGACGCUUUUUCCUUCCACGGGACAGGUGUCGUGGCCGAGCCCCCCCUUUUUCGCGCCGAGACCUCGGGUGGAGAGCGAGAGCGAGAGAGCUGGUGGGGAUGCCACUGAAAGUAGUGGUGGAGCUGCAGAUCCAUGCGGUAUCUUGCCCUGGUGUGUAUUUGACAGAGAAGAACGAUGUUUAUCUCACUGUUUGUAUCCUGGGCCAGUGCAAGGAGACCGAUUGCAUUCCUCCAGUGUUCCCUCUCUUGUUCCAUGAGAAAAUGUGGUUUGAGAAGGUAUUUGAAAAUGUUACAGAUCCUAUUACCGUUGUAGAACUGCUAGAAAAAAACGUGGCAAAGUUUCGAUUAUCUGAAUUGAUACCUUCAGAUGGAAAAGAGCUGGCGUUUUAUGAAACAAACACUCGGUAUUUUCUGUUUCCUGAGCCAAAGCUGACUCCUUCAUAUCCUGGAGUGGAUCGAGAGCUAUUAAUGAACACCCAUCCUUCUUUCCCGGGCAUUGCACCAAAAUUAGAAUUUUCAACAAGAACAACUAUUACAGAACUUCCACUUCUUCACAGCAAGUGGUAUAGUGAUCGCAAUAAAAUCAAGUUACAAAGGGAGCCUUCAACAUCACCCGAAAAAAGGAGCAUCUCACCAGUGCAACAUAAGGCAGCAAAAAGUCGGAGUUGUAAGAGACUUUCGAGGUCAUUUGAGUCCCGCUCCUCAUCGCCGAACUCAAGAAGGCGUCUCCAUGAAGUCUGCAGAGAUAAGGACCCGCCAUCAUCUUCCCUGAACCUGAGAGGUGUUCGGUUCAAAACAGAAGCGGAGCACAGGCCGCCUUUCGUAGUUAGGCAUGUGGAUGCUUCUAAAGGAUUUUCUGAGGAAGCUCGGUCUCCCUUAUCGUAUCAAAAUGCAAGACAGGGUACCAUCACAUCAAAAAACCCUCACAAAUACCAGUUAAAACGAGCAAUUUCGUUUGAUAGCUGGAAAACAACAUCUCCAGCUGCUAAGGUUAUCAGAGAACCAGCUGAAGACCAAAAUUUGGAUUAUGAGUCAUCAUUUCAUGAAACAAGGCCAUCUGCUGCCACUUACGCAUGGAAGACCCCUGGUCUUUGCCACAGAAGUUCUUCCCCAAACCAUUAUGAGUCAACGAGUUCUAGUGGAAGAUGGGUAUCUCCCCAACACAGGCUUUACUCCAGCCCCAAUUUCAGCUGGGAGGAGAUUAAUGAGAGAGUGAGGAAUCUGCUUACCUCUCCUGAAGCCAGAGAACGGCUUUCCAUUGGAGCCACUGAUUUUGAGAUUGAUGAUGUCCUUGAGAGAAGGUCCAUCUCUUUGAGGAGUUCCCCACACUGUGACUCAACAGAACAGAGAUACAGCUUGUAGUUAUGGUUGGCAAGAAAGAAUGCCAUGGCUUUGAGAUAUAGCCUGGAAGAUUUAUUGCUGGCAAGGUCUUCACUACAAAAUGAAGAUGAUGGAAAGUUCAUUAUCAGCAUGAAGUUAUGUCAACAUUGAUUUGAACACAAGUCACCGCUGUAUGGUUGCCUUGAUUAAACUGAGGAUUUAUACAUUUUGAAA